AUUCAUAAGCGAGUAUUAAACAUUUAUGAUAAUAGUGUUUAUAAACGACUAUAAAUAAAUCAAAGUUCAAAUAAGCUUUGCAACAUGCAUUCGACAUAGCUUACUUAGCGGCUGACUAUCCUCUUACUUAUUCAUUCUUGGAUUCUGAAUGGUGUCACACCUUUUCCGUGCUUCUGAGAAUGCACGGAAUUAUUGUCAUACAUUCGAGUCUAUCUUUACCAAACUUUUUAGGUUAACAAAUAUGACAAAUAUUCAAAACUAAUACAGAUUAUGAAUGCUUUGAUUCGAUCCAGUAGCAUCGGGUCUAGGUGGCGAGAUUGAAGGUUGUCGAUUAAUUGGUUUAGAUCAAAACUGGAUUGCAUGUCUGAAGGCUUUAAGCAGCACAAGCCGCCGAGUGUCAUGCUCGCAUGACCGUUAGACGGGACAGUUACCUGUAGUAACUUGUAAACGAAGUAAGACUUGAGAAACAUCAGCAGUUUGCGACAUUCGUUUUCCAUAAUUACUUCCACUUGAUAGUGAAAUAAGAAUAAACACUCGAAAGAGAUGAAUUAUUUUAUAAGCAGCUUAGUUUCACGUAAAAUCAAAAUGGAAAAACCUUGCUUCUGAGUAAUAUUUUAUUGAAUACAUUUAUACAUCGUUUAUACUGUGGAAAUCCCUUCGUUCAGUACUAUAAAGCUGAAUAUAAAAAAGUGGCAAGUAAAAUUAUCCACCUAACCCUCUUAAUAGGUCAAAGUAAAGUUGUUGUCGUAUUGUAGCAACUCGCAAUUAUUAGAAGAACUCGACAUGUUUCUUACUGAAACGUCGAAUCAGUUAUGAUGUUGUUAUUAUAUGUUAGGUAUUCAUACAAAUUCAUAACGCUUACUUUGAAGUAAGAUAUUACUACUCUCGUAGAAUAGAAUUACCUCGCUCAUUUUCCAAGUGACCGUAAUUCUAACGUUCUGUCAUGAGCGUCGUAUUGAAUUCUUUAUGGAUCACAAAAUGUUAACGUUUUGUAAAUUAAGUCACCCUUAUUUCCCUGAAUGUAUCUAACUCUUUCUUGCCUUUCUUAGGUGUCAAGCUUUUCUUACAACCCCAGACAUCGUUAGCAUUAAUCGUAUAAACAUAACUAAGCACUUAUGGGAGGAAAAACAAUAGAUAGGCAUGAUAAGCAUAGACUAAUACGUAAUAUAAUGAUACAAGAGUACAGUUUAGGGUUUAGUGGAGGGUAUACUUCAUAUGAAAAGUCAUGAUAAGUUUGCUUAGAUACUGAAACGUCUGCAGUCUUGGAGCAUGCUUUCCAAAUUACUAUUUUCCAAAACUGACGUUUCAGAAAAUUAGAAUGAUUCGUCCCCAACAACUGAUGCGAUAGUUUUCAUUUGUCCUCGAUUUGUCUUUCUAUGAUUAGCAUAAGCAGAACCUCUACACACCUAUACUGCCGCUACCAGUCGCCCUUGAUGUAAAGCUAGGCAAUAAUUCGAAUGUAUAUAAGACUGCUAUGAACGAACGUUUAGAAAAAAAUACUUGAUAUAACUUGAGUAUGCUUGAAAUUACACCAACGUUGCUAAAACAAAAUCAUUACAUUAACAUCUAACAGCUGACACUAAACAUCUUAGCAGUAUUCAAGAAGCUUUUAAGCAUUUAAUGAACUCUCCUUCAACAACCGUCUCGAUCUACCGAGAAAUAAACAUUUUUGCGUUUUCUCGGCAUCUUCAAGGAUAACUGACUCUUAUUUGAUAAGCUAUUUUCGUCCUUUGUGGUGCACCGUUAAUUCGAACCAGACGAUAUCACAAAAUUUAGCAGACGACGAAGUUAGUGAUUCGUAGACCUACUACAACAUUCGACCGUCCUGCCUGCUAUGCACUGUAGACUUGUGGUCGGCUGGUUUGGUGGUUUAUGCUGGUGUGUAUUCUUUUUUCUUGCGAUUAAGUCUUGUCCUAUUCGUGCGUGUGUAUUAGGUGGAUUCAACCGGCUCAGUUAGCUAUUUUGUUCGUAUAAACCUUUGCUGGUUCUGUUCGAGGAAUAGUCAAAAUGGCGGUUGCCAGUGCGAGCUUCACCGGCGUCCGUCUAUCACACCUAACCUCUUGUGGUGAGCUACAAGGCAAAGAAGAUGGUGUUCUGCGGCUACAACCCCUGGAUCAAACUGAGAACUUUCUCUUGCGAUUUUUCAAAGAUGCUAACGCAGACAUGCCGGCUGCAAGUGCGCACCUUGAGAUUGAAGUGUUUAAGGAUAGCGAUGUUUGCCGCGUGGGCUCAACGGCUUUCGUUGUAAAUCAUCAGAAGGGUACAAUUUUGAUUCAUUUCGAGGACCAAAAACAACGUGAGGCUCUCGCCAGCGCAAUCAGCAAGUUUCAAAAAGGAGAUGCGCACAACAUCUUUUCGGAACGAACGGAGGAGUCCUCAGCUUCGCAAUAUUUCCAAUUCUAUGGUUACUUAUCGCAACAGCAGAAUAUGAUGCAAGAUUACUGGCGCACAGCAACAUAUCAACGCGCUGUUCUUUCGAACGUUGAGGACUUUCGUGGCAAGGUUAUCCUUGAUGUUGGAGCUGGCUCAGGAAUUUUAUCAUUCUUUGCUGCUCAGGCGGGUGCCGCUCGUGUUUACGGCAUCGAAGCAUCAUCAAUUGCGAAACAUGCCGAAAGCUUAGUGUACGCUAAUCGACUACAACAAUUAAUUAAGCUUGUGCCCGGCAAAGUCGAGGAAGUAUCCAUUCCUGAGAAAGUGGACUUGAUUAUCUCAGAACCAAUGGGCUACAUGCUUUAUAAUGAGCGUAUGCUCGAGAGUUAUUUGCACGCGAAGAAAUUCCUCAAGCCCGGUGGCAAGAUGUUUCCUAGCCUGGGAGACUUGCAUAUAGCUCCGUUUUCUGAUGCUGCCUUAUUUAUGGAGCAGAUGAACAAGGCCAAUUUUUGGUGCCAGAACUCAUUUCAUGGCGUCGACCUUACUUGUUUACGAGAGGCAGCUAUAAAGGAGUAUUUUAAUCAACCUGUCGUCGAUACAUUUGAUAUGCGUAUCUUGCUUGCGCAGUCUGUUGUGCAUUCCGUAAACUUUGAAAAAGCGGAUGAGGUAGAUCUGCAUAAGAUCGAUAUUCCGCUUGAAUAUGUUGUCACGCAGAGCGGCGAGUUGCAUGGUCUGGCUUUCUGGUUUGAUGUAGCCUUUGUAGGCAGCCAACAAACAGUCUAUCUUUCAACGGCUCCCUCGCAGCCUUUAACUCAUUGGUAUCAAGUUCGAUGUCUUGUGGAAAAACCAAUGAUAGUAACUAAGGGCCAGGUCCUCGACGGUCGCUGCAAACUAAUAGCUAACAAACGUCAGAGCUACGACGUGGAAAUCGAGAUCGGUAUUCGUGGUACGCAGGUGCGCGCGCGAAAUACUUUGGACCUCAAGAAUCCGUUCUUCCGCUAUGCGGGUCAGCCAGUCCAAGCACCGCCCGGCUUCUGCGAAACCUCGCCUUCUCAGGAUUAUUGGACGCAAGCAGCUACAGACGUGCAUAAUACAGGUACAAUUUACUUAAAAGCAAACACGACUGAUAUGGUGAAUGUUAAUGGCCAAAUGAUGCAGCUGGCCACGUCAGGACAAAUGAAUGGCACGGCAGAUCCUACGGGUGAUAAGUAUAAAGCGCAGCUGCAGGGUAUUCCAGUGCCCUCUUCAAUCGGGGCUGGCAUUGCGCCCACAUUGGUGGGCCACCCAGUUCAGACAAUUGUAUUAGGAGACUCCACACUUGCCGGUCAGAGUUCUUUUCAGCAGCAGCAGCAGCAACAACAGCAGCAAAUCCAGCAUACGCAUACUUAUCCAGCAACGUCGCACACUCAAUAACAAUAAUAAGUUGUGCAGUGUGGAAUUCCCAAAAAAAACAACAUUCAGACGUUACCGCAGUCACGGAAGUCUAUAAGUAUGUUUCUUUAACGAGUAUGUUAAAGAAAACAUCGCUGGCUAAUUUCUUUCCAAGACGAAAAGUUGACAUUGAAGCUAAUCUGAAAUUUUAUUUUGCAAUGCCCUGCGUUUAACGAAAGUUUGCAGCUAACACUCUAAGUAGUUGUUGGCGGCCGAAUAAAAAAAAUCGUUAUAUGUUAGA